AUGCUUUCAAUCAAAUAUGCAACUCCAUUGAAAUAUGAUUAUAUCGACGAUUUCUAUCGUUUACUUAUAUCAAAUCGUUUUACACAACUUCGUUCGGUUCGUCAAGAUGGUGCUGAUCUUCGUCUCGAACAUUAUGUUGUUGAAAACAAAUAUCUAUAUUCACUAUCUAUUGGAUCAUGUGAAUUGCAACAUUGGCCUGAUUUAUUGAAAACGUUACCAGCUCUAUGUCAAUUUACUACUACUAUAUUUUAUCUCACUCCACGUAUUGCCGUCACCACAUCAUUUCAACACAUGGCUUUACAUUAUCUUAAUAUCGUACUAGACGAAUAUUAUCAUGUUAUCAAUGAUCUUGAACAAGUACUUUGGUUUACACCCGUCUUAAGUCAUCUGGCCGUACGUUGUACACAUGCUUUAUCGCCAAUCGAUUUUUUCGAUUUAUAUUACAUGUUCACCAAACGUACACCUCGUCUUGAACAUUUUCAAUGUCGAUUCAAUAUUGUGAUCAGAAAAAAUGAAACAAUUACAGAAGUAGAUCAUAUACGACAAAUUUCUCCACUCUUUGCCACGAUUCACUAUAAACAACAUGAGACAUGCAAUUGGAUUCGUAUCGUAGCUACGGAACCUAUAAUGAAUGAAUAUCGAUCAGAAUAG